AAUAACUCCUCCGUCCACCAUUUUACUCACUCGUUUUUGGUAAAGAAGAAUUAGGCAGUAAUUCAGCAGAAAUAGUCCUAUUUUAUUUACUUUUCUUCUCUUUCAUUUGAAGUUUUAAGCUCACUUUUGAGAGGCAAAUUGGGCGUCGGAUUGUUUGGCAUGUCGACGAAUCAGAACCCCACCCCUAACAGCAAUGCGGCUACAAUCUUGCUUCCUGAGAUCGGGCCGGAUGGCUUGGCCCGAGAAUCUCCUGUCAUAGCUUACACCGAGAAGAUAAUUGAAGAAGAGCAGCUUCAGUUGAGGAAGUACAUUGAAGAAAACUAUUCCAAGAUUCGUGAUGUUGAACGAGAACUUGCAAACCUCUCAAUGGAAAUGAAGCUUACUGCCGGUCCAAAGAAAGCUGCACUUGAACACCUACGGAAGAAAAUAGAAAUGUCAACAGAGAGAAUUCGUUUGGCUAAGGUGAAAGAAGAACAAGCUAAAAAGGCCUGGGAAGCAGCAAAAGAUGUGCAGGAUGAGGAAGCAAUCAAACAGAAGCUUUGCGACGAUCUAAAUAAUUCGGUCCAGGAAAGUAGCAACAGCCAGCUUGCUAGACUGGAGGAACUGAAGCGCCGUAUGGAGUCUCUGAACCCAAGUAGAUCUUCCAAUACACACACACCCUCAGUAUGAUUCACAUCGUGUAGGAGGGAAAUCAAAGGUUGCCACAGGGUAGUACAGUUGAAGUUUCUCCUGCUGCUCAAAGUACAUGUGGACCACCCAGUGGAGCUAUGAGAACCAUAGCUACUGAAGUUAAAGCACAGAACACCGCAAUAACUGAGCAAAACCGACAGCCUUCUAGCGACGGCGAGGGACGAGGAAAGAAGAAAAGUUCAAACCAAGGAAGAAUAAGGGGAAUAGGGGCAGUACCUAAGGGCAGAGGGCAUGCAGCACCUAGUUGGACUGGAGCUGGUUUUGAUGUGGAUGGCAGAGGUUGAGGGUGAACACAAAUCCUUACCAAAGUGUGGCGUUCGGCUAUUUUCUAAAAUCCAUUUCUCCUUUAUUUUAUUGGACAAAUUCUAGUAAACUAACAGGUUAUAAUCUCUUUUCCCUUGAUCAUGUAAUAUUCGAUUUAUCUAACAUGAAUAAACUUGUCCAUAUUUCAAAAAUGAAAUAUUUUGGCACUCCACUUGAAGUGAUGAGUAUGACCGUCAUCUAUUGACAAGUAGUUAGCCUUGUUAGUUGUAGAUUUUAAUUGCAAAUUAAAAUGAUUUUUUCAUCAAUGUGAA